AUGGCGGCCUUAUGCAACCGGCUACUUGAUUUGACCAGUGCACAAUGUCGUAUAUUCUCAGCAAGUUUCAACCCUCAGAGGCUGCGUCUCGGUAACAACGUUCUGCGCCAGCGAUUGCGUGGUCCCGUAAUUGCAGCCUGGUAUCCCAAGAAGACUGUAUCAUUUCGGGACCUGGAGAAGACGUACCGUCCCCUUGACCUGAUCACAUUUGAUGAAUAUGAGGACGAUAGGGAGGAGGCGAUCCAGGUGUAUGUCAUUCCCGUGGCCCGGGUACGGCUCCUGCUUAUUAUUGCUACUAGUGCGAAAUUACGAGGAAAAGGGAGGCCAAAAAAGAAGAGGACAGCAGCAGAAUCGAGAUCGGCGAAGAAGAAGAAGUAG